AUGACGACGCAAGCAUGCCCCGAGCAGUGCGCCAACGACCCGGAUUGGAAGAGUCAAGUGCGCCGGAUGACCUCUCUUCACGUCGAGCCAACGAAGAUGAAGAAAGGAAGUCGGAGGAACAACAUGACACACCGACUUCCUCCGCGUUUUGGCAUGCGAGUGCAAACGCCGUCGAAGCAGCGGUCGAUUUUUUCGGAGCCGUCAACAUUUGAAGAAGCAGUGUCUGGCCCGGACCAAGUACACUGGCGCAAGGCAAUUGAUGCGGAGCUCGAUUCGAUGAAGCUUCGCGGUGUCUUUCGUGCGGCCAAGUUACCCAACGGACAAAGCGCCAUUGGCACAAAGUGGGUCUUCAAGAUCAAGCGCAAGGCGGAUGGGUCGAUCGAGAAAUACAAGGCACGACUUGUGGCCAAGGGUUUUCGACAAAAGUAUGGCAUCGACUACACGGAGACGUUCUCGCCCGUGGUCAAGUAUGUGACGCUGCGAAUGGUCAUCGCCAUUACCAAGCACUUUGGAUGGCCCCUCGACCAGCUCGAUGUGGUGACUGCGUUCCUGUAUGGAGUGAUGAAGGAGAAGGUGUUCUGCGCUGUUCCGGAAGGCGUCAAGAUGGAAGGUGAUUUCGACUGUCUCGAGCUGAUCAAGGCGAUCUACGGUCUCAAGCAAGCCUCGCGUGUUUGGAACGAGACCUUCGACGAGUUCAUACGCUCGAUUGGUUUUCAAGCGUCGGGAUUCGAUCCAUGUCUCUACAUCAUGACUUCGGAAGGCCAUUGUGUUUUUGUGCUGGUCUACGUGGACGAUGUCUUGGUGACUGGAAGCUCGCUCGAGAUGAUUGCGCGCACCAAGAACGACCUCAAGACACGCUUCGAGAUGACGGACAGCGGCAAGUGUGCCUUUUGUUCUUGGGAUUGA